AUGGGAGCCACCGACGAACACAAAGAGCCUCACCGUGAACUGCCCGAUCUGAAAACACUGGGCGAGGCCGGUGAUAUCCUUAUCAAGGACAAGGAGGGGAAAGAGAUCACCUUCAAGUCUCUCUACACCGAGAAGCCCGAGAACGAGCGCCAGCUCAUCGUCUUUGUCCGUCACUUCCACUGCGGUAGCUGCAAGCAGUAUGUGGAAGCGCUCGUCCAGGACCUGCCGCCAGAGAAGCUGUCAAAGGCCAAAAUAGCGCUCACGAUCAUCGGCUGCGGCGACACGGUCUGGAUCGCGCCGUACGCCGAAGAGACCGGGUGCCCGUUCCCCAUCUACGCGGACCCCAGCGUGCAGAGCUAUAAAAUGCUGGGCAUGAUGUCGAAUAUGUGGCAGGGCGACACGAGACCUAGCUACCUCAAGAAGAGCACGCUGGAGAACUUCAUGACUUCGACGUGGAAUACGUUGAAGUCCGGCCACCCGUGGUCCAGUGGAGCCAAGGCGCAGAACGGGGGCGAGUGGCUGUUCCAGGGCGGGCAGCUGAAGUGGUGUCAUCGGAUGCGGAACUCGACGGACCAUACCGAGACGGACGAAUUGAAGAAGGUGCUUGGGUUGGAGUGA